UCCUCAGAAAUCCUGUCUCUUCUCUGCUGGUAUUUCAAAUGUCGACUCUCUUUCUUUUUUUUUCUUUUUGGUCAUUUGAGAUUAGAGGGAGAUGCAGAGAUUGAGAUCUUCUCAGUUACUAAGAAGGCCUCUGUUGGAGAGCAGGAGGCUUGGAGGAGGGUAUUGCACGAGCUCCUCCUCCGAAAAGAUCGUAGCUUCGGUGCUUUUCGAGAGAUUACGCGUUGUGAUUCCCAAACCAGAUCCUGCUGUCUACGCCUUUCAGGAGUUCAAAUUCAAUUGGCAACAGCAGUUUCGCCGUAGAUACCCAGAUGAGUUCUUGGACAUUGCUAAGAACAGAGCCAAAGGUGAAUAUCAAAUGGACUAUGUACCUGCUCCCAGAAUCACUGAGGCUGACAAGAAUAACGAUAGGAAGUCAUUAUACAGAGCUCUUGACAAAAAGUUGUAUCUUCUCAUCUUCGGAAAGCCAUUUGGAGCUACUAGUGACAAACCUGUCUGGCAUUUCCCUGAGAAAGUGUAUGAUUCUGAGCCAACUCUUCGCAAGUGUGCUGAAUCUGCUUUGAAGUCAGUCUUGGGAGAUCUGACUCACACAUACUUUGUUGGAAAUGCUCCAAUGGCUCACAUGGCUAUUCAACCUACUGAAGAAACACCUGAUUUGCCGUCUUACAAGAGGUUCUUCUUCAAAUGCAGUGUAGUAGCAGCGUCCAAGUACAACAUACGUAACUGCGAGGAUUUUGUGUGGGUUACCAAAGAUGAGCUUUUGGAGUUCUUCCCUGAGCAAGCUGAGUUCUUCAACAAGAUGAUCAUUAGCUGAGACUAGUCACUCACUCACCACCACCAAAAUAAAACUCCUUUUUUAUUUUCUCUUUUCCUUCUAGAUAGUUCUCCUGAGGAAGAUAGAAAAACUUUUUAAGACAUUAAUAUGGUGAGUGAAGGUCUUUGUAAUAAUUAGACCAAACGAUGUCUCUUGUUUUUGUAGUCACGCACAUGUGGUGUGUGAGCCUGUGAGGUCACAAAGGGUUUUUUUUUUAUGUUGACUUUUGGCAGUUGAUUGGAACUCAGGAAGUACGUAGUUGAAUGUAGUUGGCUUCUCAACAUAUUUAUA